AUGACAAGUGAAGAGAACUUUAAGCUAGUAGUACUUAGCGGUGGUACUGCUACAAAUGAAUUAGUAUCCGUGUUUAAAUCAAUCGCUCCAACAGUAUCAUAUAUUCUUCCCAUUCUGGAUAAUGGAGGUUCAACAUCUGAGAUCAUUAGAGUCAUCGGCGGACCUGCCAUCGGUGAUAUAAGAUCAAGAUUAACCAGAUUGAUUCCACCUCAUAAGGAAUCAUUACGAGUAUUGCUAAGCUUUCGGUUAUCCUCCGAUCCUGCUAUAGCGAAAGAUGAGUGGAAUUCAAUCGUUGAUGGUACGCACAAACUUUGGUCUGAUAUCAACACGUCAACCAAAGAGAUCUUUCGGGCAUUUUUCAUUCAUAUCCAUGUUGAAUUAUUGAAACGGUCCAAAUAUCAAUAUUCUCAAAGUUCCUCGAAGAAACAAUUCAGAUAUGAGCUUGCUAAUAUAGGAAAUUUGUUUUUAACUGGUGUUCGAUUGUUUGUUGGUUCGCUUGACUCAGCCAUUGAAUUAUUUUGUAAGUUAGCAGAGAUUGAUUCUCUGAUAGAAGUCUUACCAUGCAUCAAUACCAAUUUCACAUAUCAUAUAAGUGCUUUACUUGAAAAUGGAUUAAUCAUAACGGGUCAAUCACAAAUUUCACAUCCAUCUCAUAGAGAAAUAGUCAUAGACGUGUAUCCACCACCGAUUGAUAGAACUAGACCAUCAUCUCCUACCGAAGAUAUGAUAAGAACAAGUUAUUUCGGAACACCUGCUUUGGAUGGUAUUAACAUUGAUGUGCCGAUUAAUGAAGUAGCUCUUUCUAGAAACUCUUAUUUGGUGCCUGAGCUGGUUGAUGAAGAAGAUGACGAUGAAGAAGAAUUAGGUAAUGUACCUCAAUACACUCAUCCAGAGUUAAAGAAAUCACAAUUACAUUUCAACAAGACAGAUAUAGAGCCAUUGCUUUCCCCAAUAAAACGUAUAUUUUACGUUUCUCCUUAUGGACAAGAAAUACGGCCUACUGCUCCUCAUACAGUUACAUCAUGCAUAGCCAAUACAAACGUGUUGAUUUAUUCCAUUGGAUCACUUAUGACAAGUAUAGUACCCAUAGUGAUUCUUAAAGGUGUUGGUAAAGCUAUUGCUGAAAAUAAAACCACGAAAAAGAAAAUCUUACUUUUGAAUGGUUGCUUUGAUAGAGAAACUUUUGGAAUGGCCGCUGUUGAUUUCCUUAAUGUUAUCAUUCAACUGGCAAGGUACUCUGAACAAUCUGACGAUGCAGAUACUGUUGAUUGGAGUAAUUAUAUCAGUCAUCUUGUGUUCAUGAAUGACUCUAACAUUCACGUUGAUAAAGAGUAUUUAGAGAGUACCAAAAAUAUUAAGUGUGUAGAGGUGAAGAGACAAGGGGAGAGUGAUUUCUUCGAUACAAAUAGUCUACAAGAAGCAUUGAAACAUAUUGUAUAUAAUGGUUUAGAUUAG